GGGGACACAUUCGUGUACGCGUAACAUAGGCAUGGCGGAAACUAAGCGGUGUUGAUUUGGAUAGGUUAAUGAAGUUGGAUACCACAAUUGUCAUAAGGUUUUUUUUCACUUUCGUUUUAAUUGUUUUAAAUAACAUGGGCGCUUACCUUUCGGAACCAAUAACUGAUAAGGUGUCGACUGAUGAGGUGGGAAAGCGUGUAAUUUGCGGUGCGAGUUCCAUGCAAGGAUGGCGUGUUACUCAGGAGGAUGCCCAUAAUUGCACACUGGAGUAUGAUACAGAUACAUCAUUUUUUGCUGUGUAUGAUGGCCAUGGUGGUCAUGAGGUGGCUGCAUAUAGUGCCCAACAUUUGCCUGACCACCUGAAGAAGUGUGAGGCUUACAAGAAGGGUGAUUACACACAAGCUUUAAGGGAUGCCUUUUUGGAAUUUGACGCUACUCUAACUACUCCAGAAGUGGUGGCAGUACUCAAACAAAUAGCAAAUAAUAAGGAUGGGGACCAGAACUCGGCUUCAGAUGAGGAAGAAGAGAAUGUGAAGAACUUGUAUGAAGAAGCGGAGAUGCCAUUGGAGCAAGUGAUGGCCAAGUAUCAGCAUGACCACCUCAAUGCAGUUGCAAAGAAAAUAAAGGAAGAUUGUAAUUCUCCCGUAUCGCCGUUCCUUCGGGGACGUCGUUUAUGUACACCAGGAGCAUCUUCUUCAAAAUAUGGCACGGACACGUUGUUGGGAUCCGGAAACGGAAGCACCGGAUUCGAUGAGGAAGAUGAGGUAGAAGGAGACACGGAAGUUAGCAGCUCAAGUACUCAGCAUCAGUGCAGCAGCUCCUCUGGCGACUCUAGGCAACAUCUGGGGAACAGCGAAGCAGACCAGACUUCUGGUUGCAGUACGAGCAAUGGAGAAACAAAGUCAGGACCGGGAGCAAGUGAAGAAUUGAAAACAAAACACAAAGCAGCGAUGCCAGAUAGUUCAGGCGAUUCGAAGCUACAAAACGCAGAUAAAACUGCAGAUCAGUCUGGGGACGAGAACUCCCCUUUCAAAGUGAGUGAAGCUGGUGACCUUAAGCAAGAAGUCAAUGGAGAAAUUGGGGAGGGGGAUAAGAGAGAUGCAGAACAGGCCACAAGAGAUUGUGAGGGGGUCACGAGCUCCUCGGCUGCAACGGCGCAUGAGAAUGGUGAAGUGGUUGAACUCGAGAACAAAGGGAAAUGCACGAGUAAGGCCAGCAGCAGUUGUGAUUCCAAUAAGGAAAAGAAGAAGAACUUUGCGCUCCGUUACCAUACGACAACGGCACUCUACCAUUCAUUGCUCAGGGGCAAGGAUCAGUGUGACAGUGAUACGGAUGAUGAUGGAGACGAAUCUUUUCAAGGGGCUGAUAACAGUAGUACUGAUGACGAAGAUGGCGAUGGUGCAGAUGAUGAUGAUGACGAUGACGAAGAAGAAGAAGAGGAGGAAGAUGAAGAGGGAUUGACAGAGGAAGAAGAUAAUGAAGAUGAUGAUGACUGUAGCAUGUUGGAUGAUGAAAAAGAUGAUGAUGAUGAUGAUUUUACCAUGAAAAUGACAGAAGGGCCUGGAUCAGACAGUGGAUGCACUGCUGUAGUGGCACUUCUGAAGGGCCAGGAGUUGUACGUUGCAAAUUCCGGAGACUCGAGGUGCGUAGUAUGUCGCAAGGGGAAAGCAAUUGAGAUGAGCCUUGACCACAAGCCCGAGGACAAUGCUGAAAAGAAAAGAAUAGUAAAUGCUGGGGGGAUGGUGACCAAGGAUGGAAGAGUGAAUGGUGGCCUCAAUCUAUCGAGAGCUCUUGGUGAUCAUGCUUACAAGCAAUCCGAAGGUUUGCCUGCUGAGGAGCAGAUGAUAACGGCAUUGCCCGACGUCAGAACUCUCAUGAUUGACCCAGAACAGGAUGAGUUCAUGGUACUUGCAUGUGAUGGAAUCUGGAAUUUCAUGUCAAGUCAGGAGGUUGUGGACUUUGUACGUCCACGCAUCCAAGGGGGACAAACAAAAUUGUCUCAAAUAUGUGAAGAGCUGUUUGACCACUGCCUGGCACCGAACACACUUAGCGAUGGAACUGGGUGUGACAAUAUGACUGCAGUAAUUGUCCAGUUUCGACCAGAGCUCGUGAACAAGAGCGAGAGCAAGUCAGUAAAGCGUGCAGCACCUCCUGCCAUAGAAACCAUCAGCGAACCAACCAAACGUCCCAAAACAGAAGAACCAGCAACUUGUGUCUGACUUGGAAAUUUACUUUUUUUAAGUGCAUUCUUGUUGUGGGUCAAACAUUUCAAGUGUUCACAGGUUCGAGGUAUAUAUAUAUAUUAAAUGUUAACGUUUGGGCAGCCAUCAAAAGGUGAAUGCAUUGUAUAUCCAAGAAUGCCAAUGUUUGCACCCAGUAAUUUAUGUGCCCACAGCAGAUUUUCACCAAAGCACGUCCUGAUUAUAUGCAGGUUCAUUAAUAUUGAUUCUUUGAUUCAGAGACCAUUGUACCCGCAGUAUACACGAGACAUUAGAAGUCGCAUCUGUUGUGCUUGAGAACGGAUGCAAGCAGCUUUGUCCAUAAGAGAAUGUUGCACUUAACUUGUUGUUACUGAUGGGAAAAACAUAAAUAAUACAUGAUUCUCUUUCAGUACAGUUGUUAAAAAAUUCCCAGAUUGACUAGAUUGUCACAUGUUACUGGCGGUUCAUUUUCCAUGUGGUUUAUAUACAAAGAGAAUGUUUCGGUUUGGUGUUUUAUUACUUUUUUCUCCUUUGUUGAAAUAUUUCACGUAUUUCUUCAAGUGCCAAUAUUUUGACUGUUUUCAUAUAUCAUGUUUAUUAUAUUUAUCAUAUCCUUAAAUAGAUAUGUACAUUGAUAUUUUUCUUACUAAACUACUACAGAGGAAUGUAUCAUUGACUAGAAGUAAUUUAAUUGCAACUUACAUCUUUGUGGUAUUGUCACGUAAAAUGCUGAACAUUCACUUUUUGUUGAAAAUCCCAUAAAACCACAAUCAUCUUCAAGCAAUGUAUGAUACUACAUGUUUUACCAAGGCACACAUUACCUUCCAGUUUUAAUAAUAUAAAAUAACACAACAUUGUGCUUAAAAUGACAACACUGAAUAUAGCGAUGAUGCCAGUUGCAACUGCAGCGGCCAUCUUUGGACUCACCGCUGUGAAAAACCUCAAAUCCUACUUAAUGUACAGCUGUAGCACAAAAAACUUAUGCCUUUGGAGACCAUGUAAUAAAAAUUAGAUAUUUUUUUUUCCCAGGAAUUGCACAUAAGUUACUAAAUUCUGUUUAAUCAGAAAGGAUGAUCGUCGUCUGGCAUUUACAUAUCAGGCAUUCAAUGAAAGGAAUCAUUUAUAUUUGAAAGAAAUUUUAGCUGUGGACAAAGAAUCCGCAGUUAGUGAAUAGGAGGAGUAAUUGGGUUUCAAAGUCGGUUUUAUCUAACACGUAGAUUGUGGGAUGCCACAGAAAAUGUAUUCUCAUUUCACUUAUCAGUCGUGUCUCUUCUCCAUAAUAGGAAUGUGCCUUAUCAGAUGUGGAAAACAAUGUGCUCAUAGUAAAGUACGAGGAUACGUG